CUGUCUCAUCUGUUUCAAAGCUGCGGGAGAGGUGGCAGACCGUGCAUCCUGCCUGCUGAAACAGAGGAAACUUUGUGUUAAAUUACACGGUAUCAACAGGGAAUGCGUUGAAAGAAGCAACUGGGAGAAUCUACGGAUUACACCGCCUGCGUUUUGAAGCCGCUUUCUCGUGCGUAAAAACAUCUGAUCACUGGACUAUGAGCAAACUUUUCCCGUCUGCGGAACCAACGCAUUUCAGAUUUAAAGAAGUGGACGUUUCGAUGACACUUUUUCUGCGAUUGCUGAAGGUUGCAGACUGAAAGAGACGAACCAAACUGUUCGCUUUAGAUCGAGGAGGAUUUUGGAGACUGCCGACAUGAGACCGUUUGUCAUCUGCGCGCUUGUGCUCUUAAAAAUUGCUCUUGGAGAUGCCUGUGCCAGUGGCCAGUUCACUGAAUCAGGACAGUGUUGCAGUAUGUGUCCUGCUGGCUUCGGAUUGAAGGCGGCUUGUUGGAAAGAGGAUACCAAGUGCACACCAUGCCCACAGGGAACGUUUUCCUCAUCUGAAGAUCUCGGUCCUUGCCUUCCCUGUGCGAAGUGCCCACUCAGUGUUCCCAUGGUGGCCUCUUGCUCUGCCACUCAAAACACACAAUGUGAAUGUGACAACGGCUUCUUCUUUUUGAGCAACCACGACCUGUGCGCGCCUUGCUCCAAAUGCACUCGUAGUGAGGGUGUUAUCCGGGAGUGUGGUCCCCAGGGAGACACGCAGUGCCAGAUCUGUGGCCCGGGAACAUUUUCUGAGGAGCGUAUUAGCACCAAACCCUGCCAGACCUGCACCCAGUGCUCCGACAGUGAAGUGGAAAUCCGGCACUGCAUGCCCAACUCUGACUCACUGUGCAUGGAUAAGAAGCUGCACAUUCUGUCUCGUCCUCCUCUGGGUGGGUCUGAUGCUCCUCGCUGGCCAGGUGUUGAGGAGGGGGAGACCAGUCCGGCCCCGGGAACGGAUACGUUUACACCGCAGGAUGAGGGAGGCAGCAACAACAUUCUGGCCUACGUUUCUGUUCUGGCUGCCGUGGUGCUGGGUCUGAUUCUCUAUGUGGCUUAUAAAUGCUGGAGAUCCUGUAAACAGAAGAGGGCUCUUUCUAAGGCCCGUGCAGCUGAGUUGGGAGCAUCUCCGGAGGGAGAAAAGCUCCAAAGUGACAGUGGUGUAUUUCUGGACUCUCAAAGCCUACAGGACAACCAGCCCAGCAAAGGUACUAAGAGGGACAGCAAACAGGACAACCGUUUGUACAUCAACCUACCCCCCCACAGACAGGAAGAGGUGGAGCGCCUGCUGCAGGAGGGAGGGGGCCGGGGGUGGAGGCAGCUGGGCGCAGCGCUGGGCUAUGAGCCUGAACAGCUGGACCUGUUUGAGCAUGGAGAGGCUCCUGCUCACACACUCCUCUCUAACUGGGCCCAGAAAGAAGGUUCCACUCUGGGACUGCUGUGUUCUGCACUGGCCCGCAUUGAGAGGCCCGAUGUGGUCACAGCUCUUAACUGCCCCACGCAGGGCGUUUCUUUGGUCUGAAGGCUCCUCAAACACACGUAUGACACUAACAGACUCAAGUGAAGAACUUUCAUUGAAAUGACAAGGAAGGCCCUCUGAUAUUAACACCUCUGUCACUGUUGGAGGAUGUCACUAAUGGUUCAUGAUUGCUUUGUUGGACACUUGUGAUUCAGUUUUUUUUACUAAGAGAGCAAAACAUAUUCUUGUAUCACUUUCCUUUGCCCCAGUUUAUGUCACCAUUUGAUUUUACAUUGAUCCAACUGCAUGAAAGAAUCUCCUGGGAUGUGCCGGUUAUCGCUACUGAGCAAAUCACCAUUUUACCAGCGGCAACGAAAACUCUCAAUAUACAGUAUGUUACGACCUCUUGUUGCCACUACUGAGGGAACAACGUUUUCAGUUCUGGUCAAGCCUUAUGCCUUGCUCAAUGGACAGUGCAGAAACUUGGUCAUGUUGGAUUAGAACGACAAUGACUGUUGGUAUUCGUAUUGACAAGAAACAGAAUGAUGUGUUUACAUGUGUUGCACAAGUGUGAUUAUUCUAAAAACCACUGUUUACAUGUUAUUUGGACAGAAAUCAGAUUUAUCCUCCACUGCCUCUAAAAAUACCAGCCUUCCUCGUGCUAUUGUAAACCAAUACGGCUCAGAUCAUAACAUUUGUCAUUUUUUAAUUGCCUUGUUUCAUGAACUACAACAUCAGCAAUCUC